UACAAACAGGAGGAGGAACGGCGCCAGGCGCUUCUCAAGUAUGUCCAGGAAGUCCAGCCGCAAUCGGUGACACAGUUUGCUGAGCAGACCCACCCCGUGGUGGUCCAGGCGAUGCGCCAGACGGUGCUAAACGUGGUUGGCAGCCUGCCACCACAGUACUUUAACGUUCGCAUCACCACUAUGGCAGAGAGCCUUGCCCAGCUAAUGCUGUCCAUCAUGACCACGGGCUACAUGCUCCGGUCAGCGCAG